AUGAAAUUUAAUACUUUACUAUAUUCAAUCAUAUUUGCUUCUUCCGGUGUUUUGGGUAGUUAUUAUUCCAACACUACUUCUGUAGUGACAGAAUACAAUAUUGUUAGUAGCUUCGUCACCUAUUGUCCAGAAGCUACUACAAUUAAUUUUAACGACAAAACGUAUGUUAUCACUUCGCCUACCACUUUAACUAUAACAGAUUGUCCAUGUACUAUCCCAAAAACUACUACUUUACAUUCUUCUACAUCAGAAACAACCUGUUCCACAACUGUUACUUCUGAAACUAUUACUUCUAGAUCUAUAAAACAAAAAACUACUUUCUCAUAUACCUCAACCAUUCCAUGGCACUCAACUCUAAACAAUGAAUCUACCACUAUUUGUUCAUCUUUCACCCUUUCGACUGUACCUCCAUAUUAUCCAACUAGUAAGGAAUUAACUGUACCUCAUACUUCUAUUGUUAAGCCAUCGUCUGUUAAAUCCACUCCUUCUCCUUAUUACCCAACUGGUAAGGAAUUAACCGUAUCUCAUACUUCUACUGUUAAGCCAUCGUCUGUUAAAUCCACUCCUUCUCCAUAUUAUCCAACAAGCAAGGAAUUAACCGUACCUCAUAAUUCUACUGUUAAACCAUCGUCUGUUAAAUCUACUCCUUCUCCAUAUUAUCCAACUAGUAAGGAAUUAACCGUAUCUCAUACUUCUACUGUUAAGCCAUCGUCUGUUAAAUCCACUCCUUCUCCAUAUUAUCCAACAAGUAAGGAAUUAACCGUACCUCAUAAUUCUACUGUUAAGCCAUCGUCUGUUAAAUCUACUCCUUCUCCAUAUUAUCCAACUAGUAAGGAAUUAACUGUACCUCAUACUUCUAUUGUUAAGCCAUCGUCUGUUAAAUCCACUCCUUCUCCUUAUUACCCAACUAGUAAGGAAUUAACCGUACCUCAUAAUUCUACUGUUAAGCCAUCGUCUGUUAAAUCUACUCCUUCUCCAUAUUAUCCAACUAGUAAGGAAUUAACCGUACCUCAUAAUUCUAUUGUUAAGCCAUCGUCUGUUAAAUCCACUCCUUCUCCUUAUUACCCAACUAGUAAGGAAUUAACCGUACCUCAUAAUUCUACUGUUAAGCCAUCGUCUGUUAAAUCCACUCCUUCUCCAUAUUAUCCAACUAGUAAGGAAUUAACCGUAUCUCAUACUUCUACUGUUAAGCCAUCAUCUGUCAAAUCCACCUCUGUUCCGUAUUAUUCAACUAACACUAGAGUUAAAUUCCCUCAUAAUUCCACGGCUAGACCAUCGUUUGUUAAGUCCACCCCUUCUCCAUAUUAUCCAAUAUCUACAACCAAUGCAACACAUGCAAAAAUUUGUACUCUAGCUACCAGUAUCGAAGUAGUUUCUCAAGUAAUUACUUACUGUCCAAGUGCUACCACUUUUAUUACUAAUGGCGGCAUUUAUACAGUCACUGGUCCAACAUACUUAACGAUCACUGAUUGUCCAUGUACCAUUGAACAUGUUUUUAAUACUACUACCAGUGAUGGUCAUACUACUUCUUAUAGUAGUCAAGGUACUAUUGGCCAUGAGUUUGUUACUUCUUACGGCACCCAGGGUAUUGCUUCUAGUUUCGAGCUUUCUCCUAAAACAGAAGAUGUUCCCACUUAUGCUGGAGCUAUUAAGAACCAGGAUACACGUAUGAUUUCAAUUGUCGGUAUAUUCGCUAUUAUCAGUUCCUUUUUAGUUUAA